AUGGAUCCGAUUCUACAGCGUAAUAGAACCCCGACCGCCAGGGUGGCGGUCCAACAGCUCAGCCCUCAGUUGCUCAAUGGCUGUUUUCUCGAGGCUGAUCGUGCCGAUAUGGUUGGCUUCAACCUUCAAGGGCUACGAAAUUGUCUCCCAGAGCAGUUCCAUCCCCAUCUAAGCGGGAUUAUUGAAGAGAUAUAUAACACAAGCCGUUUACUACGCGACCUUGCAGAGCAAGCCCAGAUUCACGUCUCUCAGUUGCCCGCAGUCUUUGACUAUCUGAACGUCGUCUUGCCAUGUCUCUGCAAAACGCUCCGGGAUAUCAUGUCGUUCUACGAAGACAAGUCAAUGAACAAAGAGCACCGAUGGAGGACCAUGUACCAUAAACUUGGUAACGAACUCCCUGGUACCACUCUACCGGCUAGAUUUAUCAUGUAUAAUCAAUUCCUGCGGCUGCUCCAGGAACUUCUAACAAGGUCCCCGAACUUCGAUUUGAACGGGAUGGAAUCCUUGCGCAUCCGUAUUCUCCAACUACGUGCAGCUAGGAAGAUACCCCCGCCAAGUCCUAUCAGAACGGAUCUCAUCCGACGAGACGAGGCGUUGGAGUUCUGGAAUCAAGAGACAAAUUCGCACUGGGCAGAGGCAAUCUUUACUCAACCCCUGCCAUCGCGGAGGGAAUUUAAGCAUCAAGGACGCUCAGAUGCGUUCGGGCCUUUGCAGAAACUCGGCCAUCUCCCGCCACUUCCACGAGACGUCAAGAUAUUAAUCAAAAGGUCAUUCGAUAGCGACCGCAUCUCAGUUAUUUUCUUCUUGCAGCUUAGAGACCAGGCGCCAUCGCUUCUGAUCCGAUCGAAAGUCGCCAGCCAAAACUGGGUCUCCGUCCUCGGUGUCCACGAACUCUCUAUUCGAAGAGAGAGCGACUCUGUCCUGCACUUAUCUAGAUGGAGCCGCUCAGAGCGGAAAGUCAAGCCUUGGGCAGACUUAUCGUUUCUGACUUGGGAAGAAAUGGUGCUCUUUUACUGCACAUUUCUGUGCCUGCGAGUCCGUAGCCAACUUACACUCAACGUCAACCCUGCUGAAUAUCACAUUCGCAAGGAGAGGCGUCUGUUUCAAGCCCAAAUCAUUGAUGAUGGUUAUCAACAUGUUCUAAUGGUAUUCGAGGAUAGCGCCACGGGUGGCUGCCGCCUCCAUGCUGCUGUCUGGGAAGGCAAGCUGCGAGCGUGUCCCGUAUGGACAGCAUUUAUUCCGCCGAACGUGUCUUCGUCCUGGCUCCUCCGCAAAUCGAAGCGUCGCAUCUGGCUGCGUGAUAUACAACCAUACGUGUUUUGGGAGAAAUAUCGACCCACGAACCAGCGCAAGGGUCGCCUUGGCGCGUUCGAACUUGCAUUCGCAAAUAGCGAGGCCGCCACGCGGUUUCAGGAGCUGUUCGCCUCGUCGCCGGAUACAUCAGCUGCGUCGGUUCCCCCGGAUCCCUCCGAACAAAAUGAUAGGGUUGCGGAUGCUAGUUAGUCUAUUUAUACGAAACGGACAAGAGAAAACGAGAGUAAACAGCCUCUCUAGAGACGAUAUAAUAUAUACCAUACGGAUAAUAGCGCCGAAAAAUUUAUUGAGAUCUUUUCUCUCUUCCCAGAUGUUCCAUUUAUUCACGAGGCUGCGCGAACUCGGAUAUAGCUCCUCGACUAGAGUAGCCAGCUCGCACAAAAACCGAGGUUUAUACGAUUGGAACAUAAAAGAGCACAUACGACAUACCUAACUCAAUUUCCCGAAACGACAGGAUUUACGACAGACACGCGUU